AUGGGUCUGCUGAAUCUGGUGCUGAACUUGGUGGCGCCGACGGCGGGGAUGGUGAUGCUGGCCUUUGCAUGGCCGUCCUUGGUCUUCUUACACGCCUGCGAGUGGCUCUACCGCAGCUACGCCGCUGAGAACAUGGACGACAAGGUUGUCAUCAUCACCGGCGCUUCCUCUGGGAUCGGAGAGCAUAUAGCGUAUGAGUACGCGAAGAGGAGGGCGAACUUGGUGCUGGUGGCAAGGAGGGAGGGGAGGCUGCGGGGGAUCAGGGAGAGGGCCAGGCAGAUGGGGGCCAGGCAGGUGCUGGUCAUGGCCGCCGACGUCGUCAAGGAAGAGGACUGCAGGCGAUUCGUCGAUGAGGCCGUCAACCGAUUUGGCCGCGUUAACCAUCUAGUGAACACUGCAAGCUUAGGGCACACAUUCUUCUUCGAGGAUGCAACGGACACUUCUGUUUUCCCACUUCUGCUGGAUAUAAACUUCUGGGGAAAUGUUAAUCCCACGUAUGCGGCGCUGCCGCAUUUGAGGCGAAGCAACGGCCGGGUCGUCGUCAACGCGUCCGUCGAAAACUGGAUGCCCAUGCCACGAAUGAGCCUCUACUCUGCUGCGAAGGCUGCUCUGACCAACUUCUAUGAGACGUUGAGGUUCGAACUGGGUGAAGAGGUGGGGGUGACCAUAGCCACGCAUGGUUCCAUAGGGAGCGAGAUGGCAGGAGGCAAGUUCAUGCUGGAGGAAGGAGCUGAGAUGCAGUGGAAGGAGGAAAGAGAGGUGACGGUGACCGGAAAGCAUGUACAAGAGUAUGCGAGGCAGAUAGUGAAUGGAGCCUGUAGGAGGGAGCCUUACGUGAAGCCUGCCAACUGGUACAACAUCUUCCUCCUCUACAAGUUGUUUGCACCGGAUGUGCUUGGCUGGACUUUCAGGCUGCUGUUUCUGGACUUGGGCGCCUCCGCCGCCACCCAAAGGAAGAUCUCACCGCUCCCGCUCGGCGCUACUCGGCUCACCGAGCCCACUUCCCCGAGGAAGCCACCCUUGCCGGCACCCAGCCCUGAGCAGGCUUCUUCUCCCCAGUGGCAGAGGUGA